CAAACUGGCUAUGUCACCCUGAGCUAAUUGGGGUCACAGGCAUUUUUACUGACUGGAGUCAUGUUGUUUAAAGGAGUUUGCCGUAUUGAACAGACACAGGCAGGGUCAUGCUGACAAUCGUUUUCUAGUUUUAAGGCACUUUACACUCUAAAGUUGCUGAACUGUAAACAAAAAUGAUAGGCGCAUCACACAGAGGAAUUGCUGCUGCUUUUGUGCGAGUGAGUAAGAUUCAGCGCCUUUUACAGUAAGAAAGAGAGGGGAAGUCCGGCCCACAGAAAACAGGCCUGAGGGAGCCCAGAGCCCAUGGGAAGUGCAGGCAAAGACCAGGCAAGAGACACGUCUGUCCAGAACCUCGCGUUGGCAGGUGUGGAAGUGACCAAGCGAAAGAACAGAAACUACAAUCCGAACUCCAGUACCAGUGGCCAUAUGAUUACCACAAGGAGGCUACCUUCAGAUAAACCUGUCCAUAUUUCCCUGAGUCUAGAUGACCUUACAGAGCUGAAUAUCCCUGAUGAUUUCAUUCCCAACGUUUAUCUCCAACUUGAUCAACAUCUCCAGCCUCUGCAGCCAUGCCUCAACUCCAAAGAGUCCAUGCUGGUGUUUCAGAAGCACUGCAGGAUAGCUGAAGAGUACCACAAAGUGCAGAAAGAAAUUGCGCUACUACAAGAACGGAAGAAACAACUGAUUGCAGAGCUUGAUCAAGAUGAAAAUGAUCAACUGAAUGCCACGCUCCUAAUUCAGGAAUAUCAGCAGCUCUCUGAAGAGAAUCACUCUCUGACCUCCUACCACUUACAGUGUAGAGAACAUCUAGAGAAACCUCAGGUGUUACUGCAGCAGCAAGAGGGAUCUUCCUGAUUGCAGGCAAAUGACGCUGAUGUUACAACAAACAAAAUGCUGGAAUAGCUGUGGAAUCUUCUUCACAGAUUCAGAGAAUCAAUUUGAAGAAUUUGUAAAAGGAGAAAUGAAGCCAUUUUGGUAGUUCAUGAUUUUUCUGGAAGCUGAUUUGCAACAUUGCUGUUGUUUUUCCAGAUCAGCCAGUAUACAGCAAAAUUCAAUUUUGCUAACAUCAAAGAAUAUAUGGAAAAGAUUAAGAUCCCUAGAUAUUGUAAACAAAUAUCAAGUCUAUCAUUGUUCUUUGUUAACAUAAAUCUAAAUGUACAAGAGUUAUUAAUCAAAUCAUUUGUAUAAUGAUCAAAUUAAUGCUGAUAAAUAAUGUUUUAUCAUAACAGAUUAUUCUGUACUUAUAAUUAUUUGAAAACAUAAUAGUCUAUAAAAAUUGCAAUUUCUUUUUAAAUCUACAGUGCAUGCAUGCGAUAAAUAUGUGAGGGAUGUUUGCUUGAGAUUGCCAGUCAACAUUUGAAAAUCAUGAGACUCGUCUCUUUUUAAUUUUAGUCCAUUGCAGAUUGAAACAAAACUGCACUUACAGUAUUUGUUAAUUAUGCAGGGUUUUUAUAUAAUGUGCACCGUUAGUUUCUGUAUUUCCUCUUUGGUCAACCAGGAAAACGCAAAGCACAAAUGCAAGUGGACAUUUUGUUCAUUAUUAUCAUAUGAUUUUUAUAAAUAUUAUAUAAUUCAGUGUUUUAAAAUAAUUUUACUUUGAGGAUAUUUGUGGCAUUUUUACACCAUUUUUUACAAGGUGCGAUUUUAUUUAGCCAGUUAUCUGAAAAAUACAUUGAAAUGUUGAGUACUUCCAGGUUUUUUUCACUGCAUACUAAUUCUUGCAGUGGUCAAUAUAUCAAACGCUUCUCAUUAUCUGAAGAAUACAUUGAAAUGUUGAGUAUUUCCAGGUUAUUUUCACUGCACACUAAUUCUUGCAGUGGUCAAUAUAUCAAACUCUUCUCAAUGGUUUUGAAAGGGUAAGUGUAUACUGUGAAAUCUGCAAAAAAUAGAAAGUACUCAAAUAUGGAAACUCAAAGCUGGUCUCUUGUGUUUAUUGUUUCAUUUAAAAUUGUUGUACAACUAUCUAUAAUUUUAAUAAAACUUGGGUGACAUGA